AGUCCUGCCCCCAGUGUCUUUCCACCUCCUCCUGCAGCGGUAACAGCAGUUAGCAGUGGCAACUUGAAGCUGCACCCUGGGCAAGCUCCCGGGGUGCUGCUCAGCUGAGAGCGGCUCAGCGCUCUCACGGGGUGUGUGUGUAGGGUGGGGGCGGCCAGCUGGGACCAGCUGGUAGCCCUGGAAAACCUCCUGCACACCCACACCCACACACCCCUUUUGUGUUCCAGGCUGCCCCUCCGAGAGCACAGGAGGCAGCCUCCCAGGUCCGCACGGGGGAGAGCAGAAGGGACAGGGAGCCCCAGCACCACCUCCUGCUCCUCUCUCCAGGGAAAACAAGAACUGGCAAGAGCUUGAACAACAAACACCUAGGCUUAGAUUGGAAGACCGUGCACUUGCCAACUCUCUCGUUCCUGAAAGUUGCUCUGGAGCUGUGAGUAAGAAAACAAACAUCCAGAAAGAAAGAAGACGCUGCUCAAAAAACCCAGACUUCUUAGCAGAACAUUUCACCUAAAACUACAAUGGUGAGUGAGAGCCACCACGAGGCGCUGGCAGCCCCUCCAGUCACCACUGUGGCCACCGUGCUGCCACACAAUGCCACUGAGCCAGCCAGCCCUGGGGAAGGAAAGGAAGAUGCUUUCUCUAAGCUGAAAGAGAAGUUUAUGAAUGAGCUACAUAAAAUUCCAUUGCCACCGUGGGCCUUAAUUGCCAUAGCCAUAGUUGCAGUUCUCUUAGUCUUGACCUGCUGCUUUUGUAUCUGUAAGAAAUGCUUGUUCAAAAAGAAAAACAAGAAGAAGGGAAAGGAAAAGGGAGGAAAGAAUGCCAUUAACAUGAAAGAUGUGAAAGACUUAGGGAAGACCAUGAAAGAUCAGGCCCUGAAGGAUGAUGAUGCUGAAACUGGAUUGACCGAUGGGGAAGAAAAAGAAGAACCUAAAGAGGAGGAGAAACUGGGAAAGCUUCAGUAUUCACUGGACUAUGAUUUCCAGAACAACCAGCUGCUGGUAGGGAUCAUCCAGGCUGCCGAACUGCCUGCCCUGGACAUGGGUGGCACAUCUGACCCUUACGUGAAGGUCUUUCUACUGCCCGAUAAAAAGAAGAAGUUUGAGACCAAGGUCCACCGAAAGACUCUUAACCCUGUCUUCAAUGAACAAUUUACUUUUAAGGUGCCCUACUCGGAGCUGGGUGGCAAGACUCUGGUGAUGGCUGUCUAUGAUUUUGAUCGUUUCUCCAAGCAUGACAUCAUCGGAGAAUUUAAAGUCCCCAUGAAUACUGUGGAUUUUGGGCAUGUGACUGAGGAAUGGCGCGACCUGCAAAGUGCUGAAAAGGAAGAGCAAGAGAAACUGGGUGAUAUCUGCUUCUCGCUUCGCUAUGUACCAACUGCUGGAAAACUGACCGUUGUUAUCCUGGAGGCAAAGAACCUGAAAAAGAUGGACGUGGGUGGCUUAUCGGAUCCUUAUGUGAAGAUCCAUCUCAUGCAGAAUGGCAAGAGGCUGAAGAAGAAAAAGACAACAAUUAAGAAGAACACUCUUAACCCCUACUACAAUGAGUCCUUCAGCUUUGAAGUACCUUUUGAACAAAUCCAGAAAGUGCAAGUGGUGGUGACUGUUUUGGACUAUGACAAGAUUGGCAAGAAUGAUGCCAUCGGCAAAGUGUUUGUGGGCUACAACAGCACCGGCGCGGAGCUGCGACACUGGUCAGACAUGCUGGCCAACCCCAGGCGACCCAUUGCCCAGUGGCACACCCUACAGGUGGAGGAGGAGGUGGAUGCCAUGCUGGCCGUCAAGAAGUAGAGGAAAGAAGCCUUUCUGCAUUUGCCCACAUAGUGCUCUUUAGCCAGUAUCUGUAAAUACCUCAGUAAUAGGGGUCCUUGCAUUUUCCCAGCCAUGCAUUCCCAACACAAUUCAGUGGUAUUUCAAAUCUUGUUUUAAUUUGCACAAAUUUCAGUGUAGAGAGCCCCUAAACCCUUCAUCAUAUCACUGCCCUCCAAAUCUAAUCUUCUUUUAAGCAAUAUGAUGUGUAGAUAGAGCAUGAUGGAAGUUAUUUAUUGUAUCACACUGUUGUAUAUACCAGUAUGCUAAAGAUUCAUUUCUAGUUUGUGUAUUUGUAUGUUGUAAGUGUUUCCUAAUCUGUGUAUAUCUAGAUGUUUUUAAUAAGAUGUUCUAUUUUAAACUAUGUAAAUUGACUGAGAUAUAGGAGAGCUGAUAAUAUAUUAUAUGGUAAAUAUAGUAUCGUCUGCAUUCCAGCAAAAA